AUGGGCUGGGGCUCACUCUUAGUGUCUGGCCCACGUCUUAUGUGGAUCGUGUCUUCCGUGCAAACCUAUAUGCCUACACUGAUGCGGAAAUACACUGCUUAUCUAUCCGAGGGUGAUGUUGUGGCUGACCGAGAGUUCAAGUUCUAUUCGGCUAAUUUCUUGGCUUUUUGGUUUUUAUAUGCCUCCAUUCUGCCAUAUCCUUCUCAAUUUUCUCUCACUCCAUUCACUUAUCUUGCGUCCGUCAUCGCGUUCUUCUGUAUUCUACUCUUCAACAUCACAUCCGGCUUUGUUACUUACUCUACCCUUGUCAUUCAUGCCCAAAAAUUACCGGCACCCCACGAACAAACAUAA